CGUAGUAGAUGUUCGAGACAAUGGUAAGUCCUGAUGAGUCACCUCAAUCAUUCACUAUGCUGACUAUUGCGUUUUUUUACCCACAUCAUUCUUCUAUUUCUUUCUCUUCUCUUUGCCAUCUACGCAGCGGCUUUCACUUCUCUAAGAUAUUUAUAACGGGUUUACGGAUUUCAACUAUUCUUGCUCUGUGUUCAUGCGUUCUCUUUUUUUUUUUUUUUUUUUUUUUUUUGCUUGGCGUUGUCCUCAAGUUUAGAGAAUCGGUUAUAUCAAUAGCAAAGCUGACGUUCUAUCUCUGUCAUAGACCACAUCGGUGGCCACAUCCG